AAGAGAAAAAAAUUAAAAUAUUAUAAUUUAAGUAGUAGUAGUAUUGAAUCAAAAUAGCAACAAAAAGUAUACAAAAUGAACAAAAUUCGUUGGAAAUUCACAUCGCCCACCAUCCACCUGCUCAUCGCCACUUGCACCUGCCUGCUGCUGUCCUUGCCCUGCCAAGCGCAAAUAGAUUACUUUUCAUCCAUUUCCGGCUUAGAAAAUUUACUAAGAACCGAAGAGUAUUUAUUGCAAAGUUUCCGCGAAUAUGUGCGCGCCAGCAAGCAACAUUUGCAGACACUUGAAAGUGAAUUGCAUCGCAUUGAGAUGGAAUAUGCGCAGGCUGCGCGCAAUGCCGAAAAUUACUUAACAAACCCGGUUAAUGUCUAUCGUCUGAUGAAACGUCUCACCAAUGACUGGACGAUAUAUGAGGAGCGAGUGCAGUCCGAUGAGGCGGCUCAAACCUUCCUGCGGCAAAUGAACGAGUAUCGAGAAACACUAAGUUUCCCCAGCACAGAAGAUUUUCGAGCAUCCGCAGCGGCUUUGGCGCGUCUACAGGAAACUUAUCAUUUGGAUACGACGCAAAUUGCUGGCGGUUUCCUGAAUGGUGUUAAAUAUGGUACCAGCAUGACUUGGCAAGAUUGUUUCGUUCUUGGCAAGCAAUUGUUCCAUUUAGAAGAGUACAAUCAUACAAAAAUGUGGUUGAAGGAGUCCAUGCAACGCCUUAGCCGCGAACCCUAUUACAGAGAUCCACACACGUUCGAUUAUGUGGAGGACGUGGCUAAAAGUCUACUCAAUUUAGGUGACCUGGAAACUGCACUCAAACUCUCUGAUGAUGUCUUAAGUCUCGACCCCACGCGAUCAACAGCCAAAUAUGUGAAAAACACAAUACUCACGCCAGUCGGUGAACGAAAACCGACACUAACCACAAAUCCCUCCUACUACCACCAAACCGAGGAAUUUGAAACGUAUAAGAAAGUAUGUCGUGGCGAAAUCACCGCCUCACCCACACAAUUACGUCCACUACGUUGUCGCUACGAAACCAAUAAUCAUCCUUAUCGUCUUAUCGCCCCAUUAAAACUGGAGGAACACAGCCUAGAUCCGCUGGUGGUGACAUUUCACGAUUUUAUUGACGACACUAAGAUUGCUACCAUUAAAUACAUGGCCGAGCCACGCAUGCAACGCUCCACUGUACGCGAUGUGGUGACUCUGUCCAAGGCUACCGACUUUCGCAUUAGCAAGAAUGCAUGGCUGGGCUAUCAGGAGCACGAUUAUAUGUUGGGCAUGUUGCGUGAUUUGCACGAUAUUACGGGGCUCGAUGUGACGCGCUGCGAAAAAUUGCAGGUAGCCAAUUAUGGUCUGGGCGGACACUAUGAACCGCAUUGGGACUUUUAUUUGGACACCGAACGUAUGCCCGAGGGUUUAGGUAAUCGCAUUGCGACUGCUAUAUUUUAUCUGUCGGAAGUGGAACAGGGUGGCGCUACCGCCUUUCCAAACCUGAAAUUCGCCAUUAAGCCCAAAAAGGGCAAUGUACUCUUCUGGUAUAAUUUGCAUCGAACAUUGGAGGGCGAUUAUCGUACGAGACAUGCCGCGUGUCCGGUGUUGAAGGGUUCCAAGUGGAUCGCUAAUGUAUGGAUCAACGAUAUUACUCAGCCGUUUACGCGCCCCUGCUUACUACACCAGGAUGAUGAGAUUUCCAAGCCAUACGCAACAAUAGUAUAACAUCGUCUUUUAAGUCAGUGUACGAGUAUUUAUUCUCACGGGUUUGAAAGGUUCAUUAUCAACUGCAAAUAAAUACGUCAAAAAAUCAAAUUUUCGAUUUGAAAAUGGCAACAGCUGAUCGAAUGCCGCAAAUGAGGAGAUCUGUUCAGUGAGAAAUGUCAAAAUUGCACUUUCUCGGAGCAAAUUUUACCGACUUUUUGACUCACCGAACGCUGUUACUGCCCAUCAGCUCAACGAACAGAGCUAAAAAAAAACUUACCAUUAAACAUAUCACUCAGAGUUGCAUUGAAAUUAGAAAUUAUUUAGCGUGAGCUACGAACUCUCUCUUUACAUACUCGUUUAUUUAAUUGCUGUGAAUAUAUUUACGUGCUAUGUACAUACAUAUAUACCUAUAUUGUGAAUAGGUAUUUUU